AACACUUGGCGUUCUCUCCACUAACUUGCCAGUGUAGCAGUGUUUGACUGCGACGAUGGCUAUACCGAAUGCCGCCGCCAAAUAUAUAUUUGGCGUGAAGUCAUCUGUUGUGAAUAAUAUUGCCUUCCAUGAUGAGCAAACCCUUGUGUACCCGGCAGGAUCUUAUGUUGUCUUAUUUAAUGUCGACCAGAAACAACAAAAAUUUAUUUUGGGAUCUGAGAAAGGACAAGGGAUAACUGCACAGGUUGUCAGCCCAAACAGACGUCUUUUAGCUAUCGCAGAGAAAGGAGAGAGACCCACUAUCACCAUUUAUGACCUUAUUACACUAAGAAAGCGAAAAAUCCUUAAUUGCCUGGAUGUUCAGGGACAGGAGUGUGUGAGUCUAGCAUUUUCUCAUGAUAGCAAGUUUUUGAUUGCUCAGUGUAAUCAUCCAGACUGGACAUUGGUGCUUUGGCAAUGGGAGAAGGCUAGAGUACUAGGAUCAAUAAAAACAUCCAAGUCAGAUUCAAUGUCGCCAGUUCAUCAGGUGGCGUUUAGUCCGUUUGACAACACACAUAUUGUAGUUGUUGGAGAAGGUAUAUUCAAGCUUUACAAGUUUACUGAGGGGAACAUAAAGCAAUGUCACCAGGCUAAAGCUUCUGAGCUACAGAAUUUCACAGCUCUGCACUGGAGUCCAGAGGAUCGCAUCAUUGUAGGCACUGACAAUGGCCGAGUAAUGCUGUUUGAGGAAGGUGAACACAAGGCUGAUUACUACAUCUACAAGCCAGGCACAAACACUAAGAAAGAUAAUGAUAAACAUGAGCACAUUACGUCAGAGUCACAUCAAGGUAGCAUACCUGCGAAUAUGUAUAAAGUCACGAGCAUUGCUACUUAUUCCAAAGGCACCCGAAUCGCCUGUGCCUGUGGUCAGGGCACUGUCCAUCUUUUUGAAAGAGGCACUGAAACGAAAACGUUUUUUAAAAAAACGAAAGAAAUCAAGGUUCCAGAGCGCAGUCUGGUAGCAGAGGGCACUGAAGAUGCAGAGCUAAUUCUUACCCUUGCCAUCAGUCCAUCCGAGGAAACUCUAGUGGCCAGUACAGAUAGAAACCAGAUAUUCUCCAUGACACUCUCCAGUGCGGAUUUAGGAACGCAUAAGGAAGCUGUUAGGUUUGAGACGGCCAGCCAGCUGUUUCAUUCGAACAUCAUAAGUGGUCUUGAUGUGUGCAUCAGGAAACCCUGGUUUGCCACUUGCUCAAUGGACAAAUCUAUUCGCAUAUGGAACUUUGAAACUUGUUCACUGGAAUUAUACAAAGAGUUCCAGGAAGAGGUGUACAGUGUUGCGUUUCAUCCAUCAGGAUUGUACAUCCUGGCUGGCUUUAGCGAUAAGGUCCGUUUGAUGAAUCUACUCAUUGAUGAUAUCAGAACGUUCAAGGAGUUCAUGAUCCGUGGCUGUCGGGAGUGCAGGUUCAGCAACGGAGGCCACUUGUUUGUCGCAGUACAUGGCAAUGUCAUCCAGGUCUAUUCGACAGUCACCUUUGAGAAUGUUGCAAAUCUGAAAGGCCACAAUGGAAAAGUGAAGGUCGUAAUCUGGACACUGGAUGAUUCUCGAAUUAUUUCAUGUGGAUGGGAUGGUGCAGUUUAUUCUUGGGACGUUUCCACAGGGAAGCGGCUGGGUGAAUGUGUGAUUAAGUCAUGUAGCUACAACAGUGUCUGCGUGGCCCCCGAUGGCUUCACGACAUUUGCUGUCGGAUCUGAUCAGAGCAUUAAGGAGAUAGCUUUAAAAAGUGCCACAGAAUCACAGGUGACACAUGACGUCGACUCGAGAGGGACAACCUUGACGGCAGUGGCAACUGCGCAUUCUGGCCGCAUGCUGUUCAGUGGAAGUGCACAGGGAACACUUCAGUGCAUGAAGUCAACAACGCAAGGCAACUUGGCUGUGCCGGGAGAGUGGCAGGAGCACCAGGCUCAUAGUUCGCAAAUAACUAGGAUGGCAGUAACGUAUGAUGACCAGUUCCUGGUGACUGUGUCAGAUGAUGCAUGCAUCAUCCUGUGGAAGGUAAGUGAGAGAGAGGGCAGAGCACUCAUGAAGAGAGACAAAGACAUCAUUUACUCAGAGGAGAUUCUCAUAACUAAAAGCGACCUGGAGGAGAAGAAUUCGCUGAUGAGUGAGUUAAAGACUAGAGUAGAAGAACUUAAAAUGGAGAACGAGUAUCAACUGCGCCUCAAAGACAUGAACUACAAUGAAAAGUACAAGGACAUGACCGACAAGUUUGUACUGGAGAUGGAGGAGAUAAAGAACAAGAGCAAGGCGCUGGAGUUAGCUAAGGAGAGACAGGAAGCCAGGCAUGGAGAGCAGCUGCAGACCAUUCAAGAAUCUCAUGCAACUGAACUUGAGCAAUUGGAGGCUGCUAACAACAAGAAGCUGAUGAUGGAGUACGAGAAGUACGAGGAGCUUCAGGCACGCAUGCACAAGCUGCAGGAGGAGUUUGAAGUGCAGCUGAGAGAGGCAGGCGUCAGCAAGGAGAGAGCCUGCGAGGAGCUGACUGAAUACUAUGAAGCCAAGCUGCUCGACAAGUCUCAGCAGCUGGAGCAGGUGCACGAAGAGAGCAGGCAAAAGAACAAAGAAUAUGAAGAAACCAAGCGACAGAUCGAGGAGGAUGCUGACAGUGAAAUACUAGACUUGAAAAACAAGUAUGAGAGGAAGCUGCGUGAAGAGAAGGAAGCUAAUCUCCGACUGAAGGGAGAGACAGGAAUAAUGAGGAAGAAGUUCACCAGCCUUCAGAAGGAGAUAGACGACCAUAAAGCCGAGAUCACUAAGUUGCAGACAGAACAGGGGAAACUGCUGGGUGUCAUCAGGUCUCUGGAGAAGGACAUUGUGGGACUGCAUAGGCAAAUCCAAGAGCGGGAUGAGACCAUCCAGGACAAAGAGAAAAGGAUCUAUGACUUAAAGAAGAAGAAUCAGGAGCUGGAAAAAUUCAAGUUUGUCUUGGACUAUAAAAUUAAAGAAUUGAAGAAACAGAUUGAGCCGAGGGAGAAUGAAGUGAAGGAGAUGAAGGAACAAAUACAGGCCAUGGAGGGCGAACUGGAGAGAUUCCACAAGCUGAACACACAGCUGGACCUGAACGUGACAGAGCUUAGACAGAAAUUACGAGCGGUGGAUCGUGAGCUGAGCUCCGAAAGACAGACGGUACAAGACUUGGGUGCGAUGAUGAAGAGAUUUAGAACAGACCUCCAUAACUGCGUUGGAUACAUCCAAGAACCAAAGAAGCUGAAAGAAUGUCUAAAAAUUCUGUAUCAGAAACAUGUGCAACAGGACAAGCCAGAGACGCUGUCUGCAGGGGUGGAGACUGACAUGUAUCAGGAGCAUAAGCGCCAGCGGGAGCACCUAGAGCAUUCCAUCGCAUCUCUGCGAGAGAAACUUGCCAAGGAUUCGCAGAUCCACAAGCAGAACAAUGUCAGGAGCAUGCAGGAAAAUGUCGCCCUGAUUAAGGAGAUUAAUGAACUGAGGCAAGAGGUUAAAACGGCCAGAAAUCGAGUACAUGAUCUAGAGUGCAUGAAUGCAGUGCAGCAGAAAACAGCUGGCAGAUCGCAGGUGUUGCUGCUAAAGGACUCUGCAACUUCACUACAUAGCGACACAGAGGAGAAGGACAAAGUCAUAGAGAUACAGCGAACAGAAAUACGAAGGCUUCACACUCAGAUCCGUGACCUUGAGGCCAGCUCGAGACCGCCCUCUGGUGUGAAACUCCAACCACUUACUGUAUUGUAGAAUGUUAAUUGCAGUUCCACCCAUUGUAGUGUUGAAUUGUUUAUCCAGUCUUCAUAUAAAUCUAUCUACUAGACUUUGUAUAAUUAACAUUUGUAUUUACGUAUUGGAAUUUUAAUGAAACAGAGCAAUCUCAGUCAUUAUACUAAUAUAGUAAUGAUACAAAUCACAAUUAACCAUAUUUACUAUGUUUGACCUGGCACCCCCAAGUAAGUUCAGUUGUCAUGGUUGUCUUCCAUUUAAUGUAUAAUCAUUGACCCAUUUUCCAAAACUGCAUAAAAUACGAAAUGCCAUUUAAUCUAUAUUGUUUGCAUUUUACAUACUAUGUUUGCUUUAAUAUUACUUUACAACGAAGUUGCUUGGAGAGGGAUAGGAUUUCACCUGUUGCAUCCACUGCUCACUCCAUUAAUUUUGUUCAAUGUAUUUUCAUGAAACGUCAUGCAAGGGUUAGUUACGAUAGACCUUAAACGACUAUUGAGGAUGCUGUGCCCACGGUUAAUGGCACUGUUACUAUUUUAAGUAAUUCUCUCACAAGCGCUUCUCCCUUCCUUCCUUGAUUGCAUGGUCCAUUCAUUGACACACACCGCUCAGCACGUCUCUUGCAACAGUUUACACAGGGAAAGCGGCGCAUGCAAUGGCUACAGCAUUACGGCCAUAUGCCAUUUCAAUACGACUAAUGAUGUCAGCUGGAGCACUUGGUAAAGAUAUUAAAGAUAUUUCUUUACCCACGAGUUCAAGCUCGCCAACACAAUGCCAGACAACUGUAUAACGUCUAUAAACAAUACUAGCAUCGCAUUUCCAUUGUGGGCAUAUUCGCAUUCCAGGUGCAAUUAUCAUCACUCUUCAUAAACCGCUUUUAUGUACUACGGAAGGAAGCGAAGGUGUUUUCACCCGCAAACUGUAAAGCAGACACCAAACGCGUGUGACGAGAGACCAGUCAAUCAUUGCAGUCAGUCAAUGCAGGUACCCCUGAGCCCUCUGCAUGUUGAGCCGCCCCCCCCCCCCCGCAAAUUACGAAAUUACGUUUUAUGUAAUUUUGGUAAAUACGUUAAACCUGUAAGAGAAAUAGUAAUUGAUCAGUAAUUAGAUAGUCUCCAGUUACUACUGCUCAGUUACUACUGAUUUAAACACCACACAUUAUAAAUUAAUAAUUUUACAAUAAAAAUGGUGUAUAUUACAAUGUU